AUGGAGAAGAUAAUUUACAAAAAAGACAGCGGAGAUGGAGCGAAUAGUGGUGAAGAUGACAAUACAUGGGACUGUACUGUGUGCACCUUUAAAAAUCCAGCAGAAGCUUUCAAAUGUUUAAUGUGCGAUGUUCGUAAAGGAACCAGUACGCGUAAACCAAGGAUUAAUCCAGAAUUGGUAGCUCAACAAGUAGCCCGACAACAACAACACUUAUUAUUGAAAAUAUCUCAUGGAAGAACUAGAGAUGGUAACAAAGAAGGCAAUGGUAGGAAUGAUAGUGAUGGAAAUUCUAGGGAUGCAGAGGAUCGGCGUGACUCUAAAAUUAAAGAUAGUGAUGCUGAUUCAGGUGCUGAAACAAAAAAGGAAAGGAAACAGACGAAACAUCGAAAGAGUUUAAAUAAUGACGGUAAUUCGCCGGGACCCAGUAGUCACAAUAAUAAAAUCAGCAAUAGAAACAGCCUUGGUUCAACUGGUAGAUUAAAAAAAUCAAGGAAGGAUGCCGAGGCAAAAAGUCCAUCAGUAGCUGCCUUAUUGGCAAGUAAUCACCCCAAUAACCUGGACUCAUCUUCAUCUUCAUCAACUUCAUCAUUAUUAUCCAGUGCGACAACUACAGCGAAGGCAGUUUACUUUUUUGAUUAUUAUAAGUUCAUUCAUCGAUUCAAUAUAUUCCUUUUUAUGUUUGUAAAAAUCAACAAAAUGUUGUUUUGUGUAGUCAGGAUUUCGCGUUUGUCUUACACAAAUAUUUUUGCAAAUUAAACAAAUGAAUGAAUAAAAUUGUUUGAUAU